CCGAGAUAAGUACUUGUUGAUUUACUUUUUUUUUUAGCCCAUGCUCCAUCUUUCUUCAUUAUACGCCCACCUCUCUUACCUUUCAUUUCAUUAUUUUCAUGUUUAUUGACCUUAUUACUUCCGAGUCCUCAUAGUAACCGCACAAGAUGCUGCUAGUCAUUAUCAGUUUUAUUGUCCUUGCUUUGGUCUUCACCUCCUUCGUCCCUCAUAUAUGUCACGCGUGGCUAGACAAGGGUACUAGAGAUAUUUCAUUGUGCUACCUACUUUUCAAUGCUAUUUGUUCCACGGAGCAUCUACUUUUUGUUUUCUUUUAUACUAUCAAUCUCCCUAUUGAGACAGGCUACUGGACUCACCAUCCACGUAAUGCAUUUGACUGGGUCAAUUUUGUCCAGGUGUUGGGCGUAUGGGCAUUGUGGAACAUCCUAUUGGGGCUCAACCUCUCCUAUAAACCCACUAGUCGCCUUCGCAAAGCUCUGAUAAUAUUUAUUUAUUCCGGCUUUCUUAUUCUAUCUAUAGUCCCUGUGAUAGCAGACGCAGUGAUAGAUAUCUUCUGUCCUCCAUACUAUCCGAAUUGCCCUGAGUAUAAGCGAGACCCAAUUAUUCUCUUCUAGGGCCUAUAUGCUGUUAUUCUCCUGUUAUUUCUUACGACUAUACCUUUUAUUAUAGGAAUAAUAAAAUAAGCCCGUAUGCCCUCAUAAACUUAAAUUUUA